AUGCAAUUUAGGACUUUUAUGGAUCAAGAUCGGGAACAACUGAUCGUUCCUGAUGUUAGAAACGUGCUUCAAGAGUCUAUAGAAAAUUUAAAAUGCGAACUCGACAUGUCAUGGUUGGGUAUCGUCAAAAAGAACAUUGAAAUUGUGGCUAAUGAGGUCAAGACGGUUAAACAUACGUUAGAUGUAACCAAAGCAAUGAAGAAAGGACUUGAACAAGAUAACCUAACUCCAGAACAGCGUGGAGAACUCAAAUCAUUAGUUACAGAGACAAAGACUAAAGGGGCUGAUAAAGAUAAUUUUUUAUUCAAAGUUAGAGGUCCCAUAGGCCGUCGGAGAAUUGUCGAAUUCCCCAAAAAGGUUCCUCCAUUAAAUUAG